UGGAAUUCUAGCGAACCUCAUUGGUAGUAAACGCUACCAGGACUUUGUGCGGACGGCUCCGCGACGUCGUUACUUACUCUUAACCUUUCCCAUCCACAUUGAAACCACCCAACUCUUUCGUUUGGAUUUGUUUUACAGUUAUCAUUUAGGAUGCUGAGGCUUUCGAAUUUGCCAAAGCUCGCACGUCGGUUUGCAACUUCUGCUUUACCCAAGACGGAAACUACAACUUUAAAGAAUGGAUUGACCAUUGCUACUGAACAUCAUCCCUAUGCUCAAACAGCCACGGUUCUCGUUGGUGUUGAUGCUGGAUCAAGAGCAGAAACCGAAAAAAACAAUGGCGCUGCUCAUUUCCUGGAACAUUUAGCUUUCAAGGGUACGAAAAACCGCUCCCAACGUGCUCUUGAGCUUGAAUUUGAAAAUACCGGUGCUCAUUUGAAUGCUUACACUUCUCGCGAGCAAACUGUUUACUAUGCCCAUGCUUUCAAGGAGGCUGUUCCCAAGACUGUUGCUGUUUUGGCUGACAUUUUGACCAACUCUAGCAUCUCUUCCGCCGCUGUCGAACGUGAGCGUCAAGUCAUUCUACGCGAACAAGAGGAAGUUGACAAAAUGGCUGAUGAGGUUGUUUUUGACCACUUGCAUGCUACUGCUUAUCAAGGUCAAGCUUUGGGUCGUACCAUUUUGGGCCCCAAGAGAAACAUCGCUUCUUUAACCCGCGAUGAUCUUCUUCGCUACAUUAAGGACAACUACCGUAGUGACCGCAUGAUCCUUGCUGCUGCUGGCUCUAUUUCCCAUGAAGAGCUCGUCAAGCUAGCUGAAAAGUACUUUGGUCACUUGGAACCUUCUACCGAACAACUCUCUCUUGGUGCUCCUCGUGGUCCUCAACCUCGCUUCAUCGGUUCUGAAGUCCGUAUUCGUGAUGACUACUCCCCCACUGCUAACAUUGCCAUUGCUGUUGAGGGUAUGAGCUGGAAACAUCCUGACUACUUUGUCGGUUUGGUCAUGCAAGCAAUCAUCGGUAACUGGGAUCGUGCUAUGGGUGCUUCUCCUCAUAUGGCUUCCCGUUUGAGCUCUGUUGUCCAACAAGAUCAAUUGGCCAACAGCUUUAUGAGUUUCAGUACCAGCUACAGCGACACUGGUUUGUGGGGUAUCUAUUUAGUAACUGAGAAUCUUGGACGCAUUGACGACUUGAUUCACUUCACCCUUCAAAACUGGGCUCGUCUUACUGUUGCUACUCGUGCUGAGGUCGAGCGCGCCAAGGCUCAACUUCGUGCUUCCCUUCUCCUUUCUUUGGAUUCCACCACCGCCAUUGCUGAAGACAUUGGUCGUCAAUUGCUUACCACUGGUCGUCGCAUGAGCCCUCAAGAAGUUGACAUGCGUAUUGAACAGAUUACCGAGCACGAUGUUGCUCGUGUUGCUAACGAGAUGAUCUGGGAUAAGGAUGUUGCUGUUUCCGCUGUCGGUGCUAUUGAAGGCCUUUUGGAUUACAACCGUAUUCGUAGUAGUAUCUCUAUGAACCGUUGGUAAAUGGAGUCUCCCUUGGACCCUUUACUAAGCUUUCCAUUUUUUGUCUUUUUCCUUGAUUCUUUUCGGUAGAUUUUCCUAUGCUUCAUCACCCUUAUGAUUUGUACGCCCCUUGCUUUCUUUUAAAUUCAAGUCCUCCUUUUUUUCUUUCGUCAUGCGAUUUUACAUCCUGUCUUUUUUUGAUGUGAUGUUUCUAUUUUCCGAUAGAAUCGUCUACGAAAAGCGAAAAGUUCCUAUCUUGAAUAUGAGUUUCUUGACAGGCUUAUAUUUUCAUGGUUAGAUCAUGAGUUAAGCUGUUGUCAUAGUUGACUUUCUUGCUGCAAAUUCCUUCAAAGCCCAUGACAGAUUGUUAUCAACUCUAACAAUCAAUUCCUUUUUACUUUUUUUUAAGCUUCCGGCAUUUCCUUUUCUCAUAAUCUCCCUUCUCAUAUAACAGAAAAUAUCAUUAUUUCUAAACAGUCGGUUUAAUACACUGAACAUGUUCGCGUAGCAAUAGUGUAAUAAAAGCAAAGUGACCCUGCCGGUUUUCAAUCGUUGUUAUGUUACAACUGCUGCUUGUAUCUUUCUCC